AUGGAUACCGACUUUGACGUGAUCAUUAUUGGUGCCGGUAUCUCUGGCACCAACGCCGCAUACCGACUUCAAUCUCGAUUUCCCAGCCUUCGCUAUGCAAUUUUGGAGUCCCGUGAGAACCUAGGUGGCACCUGGGAUUUCUUCAAGUAUCCUGGAAUCCGAUCGGACUCGGAUCUAUUUACCUUUGGCUUCGACUGGUAUCCCUGGGACCAAAACAACCCUAUCGCCGAGGGUUCAGCUAUUGUCAAUUACAUGGAAAAUGCAGCCAAGGAACAUCACAUCAACGAAAAGAUUCUAUUUCAGCACCGCAUCCUCGGUGCAGAUUGGUCAUCGGUCGACAAGACCUGGUCACUGAGCGUUGAGCGAGCCGACAGGCCUACCGCAGUAUCUUUCUCAGCGCGGUUCCUGAUCUUCGGAACAGGAUAUUACAGUUACGAAGAACCUCUGCAAACUGAGAUCCCAGGCCUAGAUCAGUUCGAAGGCCAGAUAGUUCACCCUCAAUUUUGGCCCGAAGAUCUAGACUACAGUGAUAAGAAGAUCGUGAUUAUCGGAAGCGGUGCAACAGCUAUCACGCUUCUUCCCAAACUCGCCGAAAAAGCAGACGUCACCAUGCUCCAGCGCAGUCCCUCAUACAUCAUUUCAAUACGAAACAAAACCGGCUCCUGGCUCACAUCUCUCCUCCCAACAACGAUCCAAAACAAGAUCCAGCGCCUUAGGUCCCUAUACCUAGGCCGUCUAUUCUACCUGUUCAGUCGCUCCUUUCCCAAUGCCACAAAACGCAUGCUCCAACGUGGCUCCGCUCGCCAACUUCCAAAGCACAUCCCUGUCGACCCUCACUUCAGUCCGAGCUACAACCCUUGGGACCAGCGCCUAUGCGCUUCGCCAGAUGGCGACUUCUAUAAAAGCUUCCACACUGGCCGCGCGCAUAUCAAAACAGAUACGAUCAAAGAGGUCACAUCUACCGGCAUCAUGCUGAAUUCUGGCGACUUUCUUGACACCGACAUGAUCAUCACAGCAACAGGCCUCAACGUCCAAUUUGGAGGAGGUAUCUCUCUUUCACUGGAUGGAAUGCCGUAUUGCCUUCCGGAGAAAUAUACAUGGCGUGGAAUGAUGUUUCAAGAUCUACCCAACGCGGUAUUUCUGUUCGGAUAUGCAAAUGCAUCGUGGACGCUUGGUGCGGAUGCGACCUCGUUUUUCAUUUGUCGUUUAUUAAAGGAGAUGGAUGGUCGGGCUGUUCUUGCUGCUGUUCCGCGGUUGGAUCCUGUGGAAGCUAGAAGCAUGCAGCCGCGGCGGUUUAUGGGCUUGAACUCGACAUAUGUGCUUAAGGCUCAAGAACAUUUGCCUAAGGCUAGUGAUCGAGAGGUCUGGAGGCCGGCGUCUAAUUACUUUGAUGGGAUGAGGUUUGCGAGGAAGGGAAAUUUGGAGGGAUUGACGUUGUUGGGCGAGAAGGAUUGA